GCCACUGCAUCUUAUUUCACUCCAUCUGUCUCUCAGACUCACUUUAAGAGACACAUACACCGAUUUUGAGCCACCUUAUAUAUUUGGGCUGUAAUCAUAACUGAUCUUUCCAGAUAACGUGGCCCCCAAACUCCCAAAUCCUGGACCAUGUCUUUCUUAAUGCAGCAGAUGCUCGGGGAUAAGUUAAAGAACAUGAUGGGAGGAGGAGGAGGAGGCGAGGAGUCGGGGCCGGCGGCAGGAGACGGAAAAGAGACUGCAGAGUCUAAGGGAAUGACCCGAGAGGAGUUUGAGGAAUACCAGAAACAACUGGUGGAGGAGAAGAUGGAGCGGGAUAAGGAAUUUGCGACAAGGAAAGCAGAAAGAGCCAAUCUGAGAGUGCUGCUAAGAGACAAAUACAGGCUUCCACAGAGCGCACAAGACGAUGCCACGGUUCAGAUAGCGGGCGACGACUUGGACGUGCCUGAAGAAUUAGCUAAAAUGGUGGAGGAGGAUGAAGAGCAAGAGGAAAUCAAUGAUUCCUUUAUGGGCAGACUGCAAAACAUGGAAAUGGACUUUGAUACGAUCAAAGCCAAAGCUCAGAGCACGAUUACAGAAGUCAAGCAAGCAGCAGAAGAAAAGUGUGUCCUGAUGUGAUAUCGCAUUUUCUGUGAGCUUUUUAACUGGCAAGUCAGACAAAUCAAGUAGCAAUUUAAAAACACUCAUAUUUUAUUGAUUUCAUGAUCAAUUCCAGGAAUUUCUAAUGACUGUAUGAAUCUGUGGAAGAAAAAGAAAAACCACCGGUUUUUCAUAUGACUCUGUAUCAUCACUCGUUACCUUAAAUGGCAUUGUUUGGGACGUCAUGAACUAGUUUAAUAAAUUUAUACAAAAUUUGAAAAAAUAUAAAUAGUCGUUUUAGAUUCCACGAUCAUUUUCAUGUCAUUUUCUUCAUUUUCACAGCACUGAUAGUGUGUAGAUUUUGUUCGGUUGCUUCAGUUACUCUCUAUUUUCUAGAGGCUUUUACAGAAUAUAACAUUAAAUAUAUCUAUGCAGUAUAUCACACUACUAUAAAACUAUUUCUCAAAUCAACUUGAAAGAAAGAAACUGAUGUAUUUGACUGAGAAAUCAAGUUAGAACGCUAACAGGAGUCCCAAGACAUCAUCCUAUCGUACCUUCACUAAGAGUUUUGCAAAGAUUCUCUCUAUACUUUUUUCUCAGUUCUAUCUUUUUUGUAAUUAAC